AAUUUGAUCAACAACAUAAAAAAGAAAAAGAACAGUUAAGCUUGGCUCUUCGUCUGUUCUGUGGGUAUUCGCCCAGUUCUACCGGCUGAAAGCGCAUGUUCAAAAAUGAAGCUCUUGGCCGUUGCGAUACUUCUCCUCGCAUCAUUUUUGCUUCUGAUUGAACUAGUAAUUUGCCAUGGACGUUUAAUGAAUCCACCAUCAAGAAACGCAAUGUGGAGAUUCGGUUUCCCCAAUCCAGUCGACGUAAAAGAUAACGAGCUUUGGUGCGGAGGAGUCGAGGUGCUAUGGGAUAUCAAUGGUGGCAAGUGCGGCGUUUGCGGAGAUCCAUGGAACGAACCUCAACCACGCCCCCACGAAAUUGGGGGAUACUUUGCAAACGGCCUGCUAGGACGACGCUACACUCCGGGACAAGUAAUUGACAUAGAAAUCGAGCUCACUUCAAAUCACAAAGGACACUUCGAGUUGCGUCUUUGUCCAUUGCUCGGACAUCUAACUGCAAACCAUGAAACAGACGAGUGCUUCGAAAAGUACCCGCUGUAUUUAGAAGGCCAAUCCACGUAUCAAUUCAAGAUUCCGGAUGAUUCGGAAAGACACGCAGUUUUCAAGUACCGCGUUAAACUCCCUAACCAAGUCACUUGUACACAUUGCAUAAUCCAGUGGAUUCACUAUGCCAGCAAUAUUAACGGGACAUGCGAAGACGGAACCGUAAACGCUGGAUGUGGAAAACAAGAAGUUUAUCGGAACUGUGCGGAUGUAGUCAUCAUCACCAAUACAGGGGGCUUCGAACCAUUUGGGCUCAUUCCAACUAUUCCAACCAGCCAAAACGUUAAUCCGUAUGCCAUUAGAUUAUGGAACAACCCUCCUCAUGGCACGCUCACCGAAGAAACUUUAGUUGUCCGUUCCCAGUCCUGUACUGCAGUUGGAAAAUACCGCGGCAUCAGUUACUUCGAUUCCUGGUGCAUGACUAGCUGUAUGAAGUACCCGCCCACUUGUCCGGAACACGCUUGUCAGUGCAUAGUAAGCUGUGCCCCCAAGGAAGAACUGUUAAAAAGCGAACGAGCCUCAGAGGAAUCUUUUUGUCAGCAUGAUUGCUUGCUAUCGCCAUUUAGCGAGCGAUGCUCACGAUUGUGCAAAUGUUCUUAGAAAAAUCUAGUUUGCUCAGUGGAAGAGGUGAAAGGCCAAACCGGUUCUAUGGCGUAACAAUUUUAAUCUG